CGGAUAAUACCGACCGGAUUGUAUCAUUUUAUCGGAAGAGUGAAAAUCAUUGUCGAGGUGGCAAUGAGACCCGAUGAACAGUGUCAUUAUUGUUUAAUACGUGUUAAUUUAUUGAUCGCCGCCGCAUAUGUAUGACUCGCUUUUACAAGAAAGAUUAGUUCCUGCUUGUAAAAUUUUCAAGCGUGUUAAUUUCAAUCGGUUACCUUUAACCGGCAAAGUGAAUUGAAAAAGAUCGCAAAUUUCUACGUUAUUUAUAUUAAUUCCUAAACCAUGUCGUCAAUUAAAAAAUUCGUAUGCACAAUAAAUAAUGGAAUUAUUUUAAUGUGUAUGUUAGGUUUUACUGCUACGACCUAUGCCUACGUUGUGGAUGCGAAAGUAGCAGCCGAUGAUUUAUACGAACCAAUGUGCGACAUUAGCGAACACGUUAGUUGCACGAAAGCAUUUACAUCGAAAUAUGGAAAAGGAUUCGGAAUAAUUCCAGAAACAUCCCCUUUUUAUAUAUCCAAUUCUAUAUACGGAUUAAUAUUUUAUGCUUGGAUUGCAAUAAUGAGUUUUUCUGAAAGCUAUAUUGGUUCAGUCAUCUUUUUAGCAUCAGCAGCUGCUUCGAAUUUCAGCACGAUCUAUACGAUCUAUAUUUUAUGCAAAAUACAUGACUUCUGCGUGGUCUGUGGUAGUACUUUCAUCAUAAAUGCUAUACUUUUAAUACUUGCCGUUAAAAAGCAUCGAAAACGGCUACGUGAACCUGGCAUCCGACUUUGAAAAAAUGAAUUGUUCUUUACGGAAAAUGACAUGGAAUAUUUUCUUUGUAGUUGAUUGUAGUAACAAUAGUUUUCUUUGUAGUUUGAUCAAUUAAUAAAUAAAAAAAAUUUUUUAAAUGACCCGUACCCGACAUUAAGAUAUUUCAAAUCCGUUUCUUCUAUGUGAUUCAGAAUCGUUUGUAGUUGAAUAGUUUAUACGCCUAAGCCAACUUCGUCAAUUUUUAAGAUUUUUAAAAUCUCGUAACUUU